GGUCAGUGAAGUAUAGAUACACUUCCUAUGGCCAUAUUUGGGUGAGCGUGAGCUCAGAAGCAUUUCGAAGGACGAAAAUGAGCUUUUGUCUCACAAGAAAUAUCACAAGAAAAAUAUCCAAACGUUGUUUUCACAUAAGCCGACUGCGUCACGUUUCCAGAAGACAACAGCGUCCUUUUGCACUGACCUGAGGUUUGAUUCACAGGAACUCUGACACACGCAGCUGCAAAAACAUUUCACACUGGAAAACUGUCAGCAGACACAGUGAACGACCAUGACGACGCUGCUGGACUUGAAGAGUAGUGUACUGAGGCAGGUGCAGAGGAGUCAGUCACUGAGGAGCCGGAGGGAGCCACCACCCACCACCAGCAGCCCUCUCACACACUGUCCCGAACCUCUGCCUCGCAGGAUUUCCGAGGAGAGCGCGGAGUUCUUUGAGCGUAUGAAUGCCAUCCUUCAGAAGCAGGAGAACAUGUUGCGGGCUGCCCAGGCUGAGUGCCAAAGGGGGGCCUGCACAAUUCCACCACCCCAAGAGUAUGUGGACCAGGCCUUUAUCCCCGACAGAAUCAGCAGGACAGAGCUGGAUCUGCUUUAUGAGGAAGCUGUGUACACGGUGGUCAACAGGGUCGGAGUGCCUUCACCAGAGCAAGUGAAAAGUGAUGAAGAGUUGUUUGCCUAUCUACUAAAGGUUUUUGAUAUGGGCGAGGAGGAACAUGACAUCAUUCUCCAAAAAGUUCAAGAAUCCAAGAGAGCAAGUUUUUCCUUGAGAGUUUCUGUUGUGAAAGCAAAGAAUCUAAUGGCCAAGGAUGCAAAUGGGUACAGCGACCCCUAUUGCAUGCUGGGAAUCCUUGUGGGCCAGAGCCCCCGGGAGAUGGAGGAGAAGAAGGAGAGAAAGUUUAGCUUCAGAAAGAGGAAGGAGAAGUUGGAGAAACGUUCCAGCACCAAGGAGGUGUUACCUGCACGAUGCAUCCAGGUGACCGAGGUCAAACCAGAGACUCUCAACCCAGUGUGGGACGAGCACUUUGUGUUUGAAAUAGAUGAUGUCCACGGUGACCUCCUACAUCUUGACAUAUGGGAUCAUGACGAUGAUGUGUCUGUUGCUGAGGCCUGCAAAAAGCUCAAUGAAGUCAGUGGACUUCGAGGAAUGGGCAGGUAUUUUAAGCAGAUAGCGAAGUCGGUGCGUGCCAAUGGAUCUGCAUCAUCAGGCUCGGAGGAGAACGCCGAUGACUUCCUGGGAUGUAUCAACAUCCCUCUGAAUGAGAUCCCAGUCGCCGGCUAUGACACCUGGUUUAAGCUGGAGCCACGAUCAAGUGCGUCCAAAGUUCAGGGAGAAUGUCACCUGAUACUGAAGCUCUUCACCAGCCAGAGAGACACAACUUUGUCUAAGAAGGACGCAAAUGUCUCCAUUCACAAAAAACUGCUGAGUCAGAUUGUGGACUAUGAGCACGCUAAUGUUAAGAGAGAGCCUUACAACUGGAACGGCCAGGUUAGUCCUCCAGCGUGGACUGUGCUGACUCACCAUGCUGUGCAAACGGAUCUCUCACCUCUGCAACAGGCCAUUAUCCGCUGGCAGUGCUACAGCAGCCACCAUCGGACCCAGAGGGUGUGCUACUCCCUGCUGCUGCGCCUCCUGAGGACCAUUGAUGCAGAGUGGGACCCUCCUGCUGUGAGGGGAGACCUGGAGAGGCAGCUGUCAGACAGCUUCAGACUGUACACAGAGCACUGCCUGUGCCUGAUGAAGAACAUGCGUCAGGUUUUCCCCUGCACCAGCGCUGCUGCCAUUACACGCUACGAGCUCAUGCUGAGGGGGAUUGGCUACAUGCAAAACAUGCGGGCAUUUAAGACUGUGUGUCCUCUUCGAAAUGAGCUGCAUUUGGACAUCACUACUGCUGUCAAGAAAGGAACAGCAGAGUGGUACGAGAGCUUAAUUGCACGAUUUAAACCAGAGGACGGGACUCUGGAAGAGCAGCUGAAGAAGUUGGUUCAGGUGGUGGAUGCUGUGUGUGCAGACGCACAGAGAGCCCAGAACAUCUACAACCAACUGUUUUACAGUGCGGUGAAAGUCGAUUUCUUCAGCAUAUCGUACAGGCAGCUGGAGAAACAGGUAGCUGACGAUAUAAAUGUAACGAUGGAGCGGGUGUGCGGCACUCUGGAGCAGGAGAGCUCCAAACUGACUCAGACAAUGGGAGAAACUAUCUUUGAGCUCUUCAUGUCCUUGAAAAUCCUCAAAGGCUUUCGGGAAUUUCUUCCUCUCAAGGAUGCGAAAAUGUUGGCCUUGACAGGCUUUCACAACUGGUUCAAGUCCUCAAUUCAUAAGUGGUUGCAGAUCCUUCAUGACAGAUCCUGUGACAGGAUUUGUAAAGCAGUGGAAACAGACAAGCUCGAGCGUGUGCAGAAGGCCAAGCACAGCUCCUCAGCAGUGGAAGUGACAUCAUGCUUCAGCCAGGUACGCGAGAUCUGGCUCCAGCUGGCCUGGCCAGACUCUGCGGGGGCCUUUAUCUUUGUCACACGCUUGACAGACAAUUUCUGCAGUGAGGCCGUGUGGUACUCAGAGAUGAUGACACACAAGAUUGAGAGGAACCAGCUGGGCCGAGAUCACAAGACCUUCACAGUACAGCUCUGCAUCGCCCUAAACAACAUGGAGCAUGUGCGCAUUUUCCUGGGUCAUCUGCCGCGCGACCUGGACUGGCAAGGUGUGGAGCGAGCCAUGGAAGAGUCCUGUGGGGUGGAGGGGAAGGAGCAGGUUUACAAGGCUCUGAACGGGCAGCUGUUCAACAUGGACCUGGACCUGCAGAGAGAAGCCAAACGUCUCAUCACACUGCUCACCGACAAGAUGCUGCCUGAAGUGCGUAGGUACAUCCAGCACAUCAGCCUGUCUCCAGACUCCAUCAACAAUGAUGACGCUGUGUCCCCUCUUAUGAAGUACUUGCAAGACACUAUGGUCAUCAUCACUGAAAACCUUGUAAAGGAGAACUUGGCUAGAGUUCUCCAAAGCAUGUGGGAGCUGCUCCUGAGGAUGAUCCUGGACACGGUCACAGAAAACAGAGGUGUUCAGGUGGAGUUUUACAACCGCUUCCAGUACACAGUGGAGACCUUGUUGCAGUUUUUCCAUGCUAAAGGAGAGGGUCUCUCCCUGGAGGAUAUGAAAAGUGGAGACCACAAGGUCCUGGAGGAGGAACUCAAGCUAAACAAAUGCUCCUCUUUUGAGCUGAUUGAACAGUACUAUCUGGAGAAGAUUUCCCACCAGAAAACACUCAAACAUACUCGCUUUGGUCGUAUCAGUGUGAAGUGCUACUACGAUGCUCCAGAGCAGAGACUGACAGUGGAGAUUCUGCAUGCUGCAGAUAUCAUUGCACUGGAUGCCAAUGGUCUGAGUGACCCAUUUGUCAUAGUGGAACUCUGUCCUCACCACCUUUUCCCUAUGGCCAAGAGUCAACGUACACAAGUGAAGCUUAAGACACUGCACCCAGUAUUUGAUGAACUCUUUUACUUCCACGUCAGUCCUGAACAGUACAGACACAGGUUUGCUUGUUUGACCUUCACUGUGAUGGACUAUGACUGGCUCUCCACUAACGACUUUGCCGGUGAAGCUGUGGCUCCUCUCAGCGACUUCUGCUGGCCAGGGAGACCAAACGCCUCAGCAGCCGGCAAGAGCGUCCAGCCGGCCAUUCUGCACCUGUCCCGCAGUAAACCCAGUGAGAAACCAAUCAUGAGGAUGCUGGACGCUCGUGUCGGAGACAAGGAGGCUCAGGAGUUUGUCCGCAGGCUAAAGGAGAUUGAGAAGUCAAUGGAGGAGGAGUAAAAGGUGUCAGCGCUGCUGUGUUGGUGUUUUCUGACCACGUCUUGCAACAUGUGCUUUUGUACUGGUACGAUGUUUACACUAUUCAGAUUUUUUUCCCCCCACUGUUAUCGUUUGUUCAGUAAUGAAACCAAAAUGAUAAGAAAAAAAGGAAAGCAGUGAGACUUUCUCACUGUUUGCUAACUGGGAGAUGAACUUCCUGUCACUGUGCAACUCUAUGCUGUCUCAGUUACUACUGUAUAUUUUAGAAUUAAUGGAUAGUUGAUGCUAAAUGUUACUAGUCUAUAUUUUUUGUAAUGAGGUAAUGUUAUCUUUGUUGUAUGAUCUUUGAUAUGAUAGAUUUAACAUUUCAGAGCUAUUUUGUGGAAGUAGCUUACAUAUCCUGUAGUAUUCAGUCAAAGUCAAAAUCUAUACCUCAGAUAUGCUCAUUAGUUGUAGGGGAGUUGAACAGGUGUUGAGACUUUUCACGUUCUUCACAGACAUUGUGGAGAUAAAAUGCAUGAAAGCCUAUUUAGGAUAUAAAAGCUUGAACUCAUGCUGAUUUCCCAGACCAUACAGUUGUUUACCAACAGACAGGUAUGAAUAAAUAUGCCUAUGUCAUGAAUGAAGUCAUGAAGACACAUAGCUUUGGGUAACUGCACUUUCUGAGAUGUGAUAUUUUAAGGCCAGCCAGACAGAGCAGCAGCAGGGAGGCCUAACGCUCCCCCAAGGCACACGCCGCAGCUCAGGUUCAUUGGACUUUUCAGAUUGCUCUUCACAAAGCUCACAAUGGGUCACCGAAGGGGCCGUAGACAGCAGAAAGACCAGUUCUUUUAACUCAGUUCCUUCUUACUGUGUGUCUCCAGUGUGUCAACAUCUCUGCAGAAAUGUAAGUGUAAAUUUUGCUGGCACACUAAUAUAAAAUUGUACAACCAGCACAUAGGCAGAAACGAAAUUCAUCUAUCAUAAGUAAAAGUGGAAACUGCAGAACAAUCCUGUGUCCCACUGAGAAAAUUUUGUACUCCUUUUAAUUAAGCCUGAAUUGAUGUAAUCGACUCAACAAUUAAUUAGCUACUAAUCCAUACGUUAGCAACUGUAAUGCUGUACGAAUUUAAUCUUUACACUGCUGCAGCUGCACCAACGAUAAUAAAGUUGUCUGGGUGUUGCAUAAUGCAAAGAAAGGAAUAAUCACUGGCAGCUAAACGUUGGUGUGUAAUGUGACUAAUCUGAAGCUGCUCUAAAAAAAUGUCCAGUUUAGUUUUAUUUAGUUUUUCUGAUAAUUAUUUGCUAUUUCAGUUUCAUUUCGAACAGAAGAAAUAUAGUCAAAUAACUUCAGUAUUCAGAACCAUUCAAUUUUUGAUUGGCAUCGGAAUACACCAGGAGAGCCUGAUGCCGAUAGUUUAAAGAGAGAUAAAUACACCCCUGACGUCCUCAGAGGUAACAUCAUGUGUGGCCUUAUAACCUCAUGGUAGAGGUUCAAAAGCAUUUAUUGGGAGCAACCAAGCUAGUUCCUUCUAAUGAGCUCACAAAAGGUUCAGAAAUGUCUGGACACAGCCAUCAAACACUGCAAAGAUUUUGUUAACCCCACUUUGAAUCACAUCACAGUCCAACAUUUGAUUUUGUGUCUCAGUGUGGAGUCUAAUCUCCUCAUUUAAAGAGAAAGGAAAAAGCAUAAUGAACCUGUGCAGUGGCAUAAUUUUACUCAGGGGGUAAGGUGAGAUCUGUCUGCAUGCAGCAGCUCUCAUUGACCUGACAACCUCAUAAUUCAACACUAAUUCUCACCAGUCCUCUAAAGCUGUGUCUGUGCAAGAAAACAUGAGUCUAACUAGAACCUGAUAUUCAACCAUUAUCAUCUUUGGAACAUGAAGUUGUUAUGCAGUGUAAUCAUUACUAAGCAACUCAAAAAAGCGCUAAUUCUAGCUUUGUAAUGGAGUAUCCUAGAUUUCGUAAAAAUAGUAGCAGUAAGCUAGCAGGAAGCUAGCAGGGUUAUAUUAAUCAUAGCAAGUCUAAAGGGCCUAUUUCCUGGAGAUAGUUAAAUCUGGAAUAAUUAAUUAUGAACAGGCUUUCAAAAACAUCUUAUUUUUACCUUUUGGAGAUCAGGUCUUGGACUAACGAGCUGAAAUUCUAUCACCUGUGUUGUUCCUCCAGUGAGAGUCCACGUAGCGCUCACUAACAAGGUUAAUCAAACACCUGUGUCGUCCUCGUUAGAGCUGGACUGCAGGUGCUCAUGAAAAGUGAAACUGGUCACACAAACUCCAUAAUGCAGAGGAGUCUACAGCUUGAAAACAGACAAGAAAAUGGAGGCACAAAGUAUAUUAAUGAAAAGUCAAAUUUCAUAUGUCUCCAGUGACUGAUAAUAGUGUGACCUUCCAAGCUAAAGGUUUCAUUUAAGCAUUAAACCCUUUAGUCUGUCCUGUUCAGUUAAUACAGGACACAGUUAAAUAUGGGAUUAUUCCAAACCACGUCUGUGAGAGAUACCAUUUGCAUCUUUACUAAAAAUGUAGCUUCAAGUUUACCAUUAAUAAACAAAGUACAAUGAGGCAGGUUAUAAACACUGGGUACUUAAUUUUGUCCUACUCAAAAACAGCCAACAAACAAACCACUUUGGUACUGUAUAAUGUUUUUGAGUUCCAAAUAGCCUGUUAAAAAGCAUUAACCAAAAAACAAAAAAACUUACAGUCAGGUCUUUUGGGAGAUUUUAAGGGAUGUUGCCAGAAGAGAAAUGGUGGUUUAAUUUUAGAAGGGCCCCCCCUAGAGACAAUAAGAUGGGAUCAUAAAGUUGUAACAGAUGUGUAGAAAAGAAACACUGAUAAGACACUGUAGCAAGUACGGAGAACCUAGCACCAAAACUCACACCGACAGCAUUUUGAUAUUGAUGUAUCUUUACAGUAGCUGCUUGUGUAGUGCUUUGUCGUUAUCCUGUGGAGUUCGUGAGGAUGAAGCACGCAAAAACCCUAUCUAUGCCUGGAGAGUGUGCUGCAUUACAGGACUGUUCGGGUGUUCAAGAAGCCUGCCUUAUGUAACAGAAGUGAGGAAUCCUUUAAGUCCAUCAGAACAGCACUUGCCUUUGUUUUCUUCUGGUAUUGUUGGUUGUUAGUGAAAAAUCACCUGCCAUCUCCUUUGGUUAACAAUGCACUCUACGGUAAAUUAUUAUAAACCAUUAAAGGCAGAAGGACAGUAUGACACAGUACAUACGGUAUGUAACAAAAUGAGUACAACCUCAAUCAAUAUCACUAAAAUGUUAAUCACAAAUCCUGCCCUUUUAUUAUAGUUCUACUUGUGUUUAGCCAAAUAAUUUGAGAAAAAGAAAUGUAUUAUUAUUAAGGAAGGUUCAUAUUUAAGAAUCAACUGCAGUGAUCAUUAGUAUAUACUUCACUAGUGAGAUUACAAUCAUUGUUUUAUUUGUUUAUUUAUUUAUUGUGUGCCUGCCUUUAUUAUUGAUGACAGAUUUAAUUCUUCUGGGCAUGGAUGAUACCAGUCUUGUACAAAUCUGUAGAGAGAUGUUCGGCCAUCCUUCACAGAUGAUUCUUUUUAGCUUCUCUUUGCUGGAGGGGUUUUGUUUCUCUAUCUUGGUUUUUCUUUUUCUUUUGUGGUCUUUGCAAUGCAGUCUGCCCAAAGAAUGUGCUGCCAUUGUUCUUUAGGCUUCCCUUGGGCAAACUUUAAUCUUACAGUUUUGUGCAGUUUGGGGAUUAAUGGUUUCCUUCUUGGAUGAUGUCCAUAGAGUGUGACGUCAUGCAACGUCCUUCAAGCUGUCUGAUCAGUCAGUGAAAUACCAGCCAGCACAAAUAAUCCUUCCACUGACUCUGAAACACUUAGCUGCCUUUUUUCAAUGCAAGGCUGGGUAAAUAGUAAAUUGUGCAUUGUGUGAAUCUUCAAGGGCAACCACUGCGCCUGUACAUUGGCUCUUGCUAUACUUCCUGCCCACUGUGGCAGCUGUGGUGCAGCUUAUGUUCAGUAGCUUACUGAUGCUCUUGUAGCCACUCCCAUCUUCUCACAGUCUGGUUUCUUACCUGUUCAGGCGGUUCCUGGCCAUGUGGAGCUGUGCGGCAUUUGACACAGCCCAGGCCAAAAUUGAGAAAAUAGUGCUGGUGUUAAAUGUAUUUGUAACCUCAUUCAAGAAAUUAGCCUUAAUUGGAAACCACAGGUGUCCUCACUAUUGUCGCACUGAGGUUGUACAUUGGGGCCCGUCUUUUCAUAUGGGCAUUUUCCCAUAUGUGGUUGAUAGAACCUUUUUUUUUUUUUUUACCCUACAACUAAAAAAUAUUGUAACACAGUUAUUGUAAGAUGAUACAUUUUAGAAUGUUUGAAAGGUUUUAGUGAUAUUGCACAAGGGUGUACUCAGUGUUUUAUAGAGAAUGUGAAGGUACAUCACACCCUGAUGAAUGUUGGGAUGGGGCUUUAUUUACUUGCAUAGGUUUUUUGUUUUGUUUUGCUUUGUCUUGUUUUGUUUUGGGGUUUUUUUUACUAAAAAGUUGCAUAAAUCCUUUAGCUCUCACUUUACUGGCUGUGCUAACUCUGAAUGGAUAACCUUAGCUAGCUGUAGCUAACUCAUAGCAUACCUAGAGAUCCCACUGAUGAGAGUGACAAUGACUGCACCCUGAUCUCAGCUCUCGGUUUGGGAGCUAAUGCUAGCUAGCAGUUGUCGGCAAUUAACACUGCAAAUAAAUUGGUUUAUGUCCUGUCUGUGCUCAAACUGAACACUAAAGUGGGUGUUUGGAUGUAGUUGAAUGUAUGUAGUUCUGUGAGAUAGUAUUUUUUUUUAUUAACUUGUCAAUGAAUGUAUUGAUUAUAUCUGUGACUGAUAAUGAACGAGAUGCUCCAAACAAGUUCAACAUGGCGUGACUUCAACUUCACAUUCUUUAUAGGCUAAUUUUAUAAUUGUCAGCGCUGACAUAGACAUUAUUUGAGGUAUUACUAUAGAAGCAUAGUUAACUAAGUAUUUGGUUUGUUGUCUGAUUUAAAGGCAACAGCUGGUGAACGUAUCUUCAGGCAAAACACCUUCAACUUGUUAUUGUAAAAGUGACUUUUGUCCUUGAAUUGUAAAUGCCUGUGUUGCUGUUUAUUGAUUAUACCUUUGAGAGAUGUCUAUGACCUUGAAUAAA